AUGGCCAUCAUGAAACCGGGCCCUGAAGAUGCCUCCCCAGUGCCCCACUUGGACCUGGGCAAGAAGAUGAGCGUCCCACAGGACCUGAUGAUCGAGGAGCUCUCCCUGCACGACAACCGCGGCUCCCAGCUCUUCCAGCAGCGCCAGAGGCGGAUGCAGCGCUUCAUCUUUGAGCACCCCAGAGGGUACAAGCAGCUGCCAGGAGCAAGUGGCUCACAACACAGUGGGAAAGGUGACCCAACAGCAAAUGAGUGGCCGGCAGGGGAGGACCAGCCAAGUUUCCACUCUGAGCUCCAUGUGGCAGCAUCACCCCAGGGCGGCCCCCCUGAAGUGCCCAAGAAGACAGAGAAAGUCUUGCAAAUGAGCAAAAUCCUCAACCCUGAUGCUCUGGCACCAGGCUACUCGAGCCCACUCAGAGAAAUCCCCCCGGAGAAGUUCAACGUCACUGCCAUCCCCAAGGGCUACCGCUCCCCGUGGCAGGGGCUCCUCGGGGGCAUGGCCAACGCUGUGCACUUCGAGAACCAGACACCCGUGAGACCCUAUCCGUGGGACUUCAGGAGCUUCAACAGGACUGCUGCCCCCUUCGACAGCGCACUGGUCAGUGACCUGUUCUCCAUGCCUGCCCUGGAGCUGGAUAACCUGAGUGCUCUGGAGGUGAUUUCCCACAGACCCAACUUCAACAGAGUGGCACAGGGCUGGGUGCGGAUCCUGCCGGAGAGCGAGGAGCUGUAGCGCUCAGGCUCCCUGCCCCGGCAGCUGCUUCUCUUGCUAGACUCCAACACGCUGUGCAUGGGAGGGGAGAGGGGAGGAAGUGUUCUUCAUGAAAGCUAAGCUGGUGGUCUCAAGUCAUCAUUCUCUUCAAUGGGAUUUGAACAAGCUCAAGUCUGGGACCAUUUUGAACUCCCCUCAUACCAGCAGUUGUCCCAAGGGCACUUAGUGCUAAGCUGUCCAGCCAGGUUCUCGCUGUUAACACGAGCAGAUCCCUGUAAGCUCCACCCAGCCUGUUCUCUUCUCUGUCUCAUGGAAAAUGGCAGCACCACCAGCUGCAACACACCGAGGUCUCCUGCUGCUUCUU